AUGAAGGCGUACUCCGGAAGGGAAGCGACGGAGGAGGCCGGAGUCGCCCUGGUGGGAGUCCACAGCGAGUACCCUCGCUUCGGCGAAGAGAGGGCUCUCGGCGGUGGUACUUAUAAGGGCGGGGGAGCUGCCAAACACAAACCUAAUAUAGGAUAUAGGUUAGGUAGGAGAAAGGCAUUAUUUGAAAAAAGAAAAAGGAUAAGUGAUUACGCGUUAGUAAUGGGAAUGUUUGGUAUAAUUAUUAUGGUUAUAGAAAAUGAACUAUCUAGUGCCGGUGUAUAUAGUAAGGCUUCAAUAUAUUCUCAGGCACUGAAAACUCUUAUAUCAAUGUCAACUGUGAUCUUACUUGGCCUAAUCGUCGCGUACCACGCCUUAGAAAUACAGUUAUUUAUGAUAGACAACUGCGCUGACGAUUGGCGGAUAGCCAUGACGUGGCAAAGGAUAGCACAAAUCGGCCUGGAGUUGAGCAUCUGUGCCGUUCACCCCAUACCUGGACAGUAUACUUUCACGUGGACAACCAAGCUGGCCAAUAAAGGAGGUGUCAUUGGGGUUGAAGUUGUACCUUAUGACGUCACUCUGUCUCUUCCAAUGUUUCUACGGCUUUAUUUAAUAUGCAGAGUCAUGCUACUUCAUAGUAAGCUCUUCACAGACGCUUCUUCGAGGAGUAUAGGAGCCCUCAACAGAAUUAAUUUUAACACAAGAUUUGUAUUGAAGACUCUAAUGACCAUAUGCCCUGGCACCGUGUUACUUGUAUUCAUGGUAUCGCUAUGGAUAAUAGCGAGUUGGACGCUUCGACAAUGCGAAAGGUUCCACGAUGAAGACCAUGCCAAUUUGCUAAACUCUAUGUGGCUGACGGCUAUUACCUUCCUUUGUGUCGGCUACGGCGAUAUCGUACCCAACACAUACUGCGGUCGCGGCAUUACUCUCACCUGCGGUAUGGUGGGAGCUGGAUGCACUGCGUUAUUAGUCGCGGUUGUUUCAAGAAAAUUAGAAUUAACUAGAGCUGAGAAGCACGUUCAUAACUUCAUGAUGGACACACAACUUACUAAAAGACUGAAAAAUGCCGCAGCAAAUGUUCUGCGGGAAACGUGGUUAAUAUACAAACAUACUCGGCGUGUGAAAAGGGUGGACCCAGGUCGAGUAAGGACUCAUCAAAGGAAAUUUUUAUUAGCUAUUUACGCGUUAAGAAAAGUGAAAAUGGACCAGAGAAAACUGAUGGACAACGCAAAUACAAUAACAGACAUGGCUAAGGACCCCUUCCUGUUACAGACCCAGAAUACCGUGUACGAGAUUGUAUCAGACAUGAGCUCAAGACAAGAUAGUAUAGAGGAGAGAUUGACUAGUUUAGAAGAAAAAUUAUCUACACUACAGGAGCAAGUAAACAGCCUACCAGAUAUGAUGGCUCGAUGUCUACAGCAGUGCUGGGAGCGAGCUGAGCAGAGGCGGAACUUCCUCCAUCCAGAUGCAGCAGCUGUGCCAACGCCCCCAGCACCUAAUAUUUCUCCAUAUGCCAGAACAAUGCCACCUACUCAUGGUUGGCCAGCGAGCCCAACGACGGCGCGAGCGCACUCCGCCCCUGAGAGCGCGGGCCCAGCACCCCGCCCGCCCCUGCCCAGCUGA